UUUGUUUACCGUCAUGCAUGGGGAACAGAUCUAAGGAGCGUUCGAACCUGUGAUGCAAGUCAGCGAAUAGCUAUAGGAACCGCCCUCCCUAUCUGCACCUGCAAGAUCGCUGAUGCAAUGCAAAAGGCAGUGGGAAAGUCUGUCGAUGAAACGAUCCCAUCAACUUGUCAACUUGGCAAUUAUUACUUUUAGUCAUGCAAGGACAUGUAAAGGAAGUUAAGUUCUCUGGGAAAAGCCCCGAGUUUUUGUUCAGAAGGACAGCCAAUGGAAACCCAGCUGUAAUACUGAAGUGACACCUAGCGAUCCAUGCCCAAAGUGUACUCCACACGUUCUGCUGUUCUUGCCUAAAUUGCUAGCAUUCGAUGCAUGUUGACCUAUAACCCUAAACGUACAAGGAAAUGUUUUUGGAAAGAUACAGAGCUGACUAUCUCCGGUCAGCUGUAGCUGUGGUGGUUGUUCUGUCUUGUCUGGUGACUGAUGCCGUAGAAGGUAAGGUUGUCGGGGCGUUCGUGCUUCCCCACGGCGGGAUAGCGCUCGAUCCUGCCCGCUUCAACACAACCAACCAGACGGCACUGGAGCAGGCAUGGCAGAUACACAGCGCAGCUCGGAAGGUUGGUCACCAGAUCAACAGGCUCAGCCCGGACCUGUUGUUCCUCAGCACACCGCAUGGCGUCGCUGAUCUUACCAACUUCUUGUUCUACCUGAACCCUGAAGCAUAUGGCUCAGCAGACACGGACAACUGCGUUUGCCCACCCUGUUGCUACAAUGUGUCCGUGGACAUUAACUCAGAGAUGUCGGAGACGUUGGUCGAAAAACUUAAGAGAGAGGGCGUUAUGAUAUCGGGGCUGUCUGCCUUUGGUCCGCCAGGGGGCGCUGAUGAACCAUUUCCGCUAAGAUGGGCUGAGGUGAUCCCCUUGCACUUCAUCCCGCACCUGAACACAACCUCCGUGGUCGUGCUGUCUCACCCCAGCCGCAGGUACAACCACAGUGUCGCCAUGGUGCCCGAACUUCUGCGAUUAGGAAAGUCUCUGUAUAAAGAGUUGGAGGCGUCCAAAGAGCGAGUGGUGGUGAUAGUGAGCGCGGACCUGGCGCACACCCACUCUGCAGACGGGCCGUACGGCUUCUCUCCCGCCGCACAGCCUUUCGACCAGGCGUGUGGUGAGUGGGCGUCUACCCUUGACCCUACCCCUUUACUGGUCAACGCCACAAGCCUGGUGGACGACGCUCUGUCCUGUGGCUACACCGGCCUGGUCAUGCUGCACGCCAUCUUGUCUACGUCAUCAAUAUGGCGGCCAACCCUCCUGGUGAACCACCAUCCCAGCUACUACGGAAUGAUGGUCGCAUCUUUCCUUCCCGAACUUCAGCCCUACGUCAGGUGGGGUGCCGCAGGCAAGACAAGGAGACUCGUGGACUUCCUUGAGCGUGUAGGUCAGCGCAAGGAGUCAUCAGAGCAGGUGUUCAUGUCUCAAGUCGGCGCAGAUCUUGAAGUGCAAGUUCGUGCCAGACAACCCGAAAGUGAUCGCCUUCUUGUCUCUCCCGGAAGUCACGAGGUGCGCACAGGCGGUGUGCUGGGGCUGCACCUGAGUCUGGCAGGUGUCGGACAGGUGAGAGCCAUGUGGAUGAACCCCGUUCCCUUCACCGCCCCUUCCGACUUUAAGCCUCAGUGUGCUUACACGGUCCUCCAGUCUGACUCUGCGGUGAAAAAACAACCGACAAAUCGCCAACCCCUGGCCAGCAUUCACAGACGGUGGAAGGUAAACAAUGGACAUAACGAUGAUAAGCGUCCCAACGUUCUCAAAGACGGGAAGGCUGCACCGAGCGUUGCCGUGGGGCGAGCUUACACCUACACCGCGGGAAACUUCAACGCCACUCUGAACGAGGCGGUGAUGAAAUACGAACCCGGAAGUGUUCCUGUAACCAUCAGCUACCAGUGUGGCGACGUGAACUAUGGCAUCAGUCCGCCGUACAACUUCACCAUCCAGCCCACGACUGUACAGAAACGCAGCGACGCUGAAGAACCGGCGCAAAAGAAGAGCAUGAUCAAGUCGUCUAAGAACUUUUCUUCCGAGACGGCUUCCAAGGUGUUACCUGGGCGCACCUGUGCAGAUGACACCUGCGUUGACGGUGGUGAGAGAGUGGGUAAAGUGGCUCUGAUCGCGGACAUGGGGGUAGAAGAGGACUCGUUCACAAUCAGGUCCAUACUGCGUCAGGUAGAUCAGGACGAGUUGGACUUUGUCCUGCACGCCGGUGACAUCAGCUACGCGGACAACUUCGGGACGACCUACCGCAGCAGCGACGGCAACAACUCCUGGGUCUGGGUCCAGUACAUGGCGUCACUGCAUGACGUCACCGCGCGCGUACCCUACAUGACCUGCCCCGGAAACCACGAAAAACAGUUUGAUUUUGCCGCCUAUCGCAACUGGCUGCACAUGCCGUGGAACGAGAGCGAGUCCUCGUCCCCAUACUACUUCUCGUUCGACUAUCUCGGGGUUCACUUCGUCGGCAUCUCCACGGAGCACGACAUGCGGGGGAACUCCUCACAGCACAGAUGGUUGGAGCAGGACCUGCGGACAGCGGACCUGAACCGCGCCCGCACCCCGUGGAUCCUGGUGUUCGGCCACAGACCACUGUACUGCUCCUCAGCCGCGCUAUGGACAACUAGGUGUACGACAGAGGCCCGUGAGUACCGCAGCGAUAUCGAGGAACUGUUCGUGCGGUACCACGUGGACGUGUACGUCUGCGGGCACAACCACCAGUACGAGCGGUCCUGGCCGGUCUCAGGGGGAAACGUCACCGCCAAGAACUACCACAACCCCGCGGCUACCGUGCACAUCGUCACAGGGGCAGCAGGGAACCCUGAGGGGAACGACCCGUCGUACGUGCCGGAGUUCCUGGCUCCAUGGCGGGCCGGCUACUCCCUGACCAUGAAGACUGGCUGGACGCUGAUGGAAGUCAACUCUACAGCCCUGGCCUUCUCCUACAUACACAGCGCGGACGCAAGCGGAGGCAAGGUGGUGGACAGGUUCACCAUCACAAAGACGCCGUGAAAUCCGUCUUCAUGAACGAGUUUGCCUGAAAAUCUUUUUUUAGAUGUAGACCUGUGCUCGACAGGCAUCAACUCCACAUGCUCGUGACAGUAAGGCCUCGGGUCAGUGUCUGUCGUCACAAAGACCUAGUGAAAUCGAACGUGAUUUUUUUUUAAUGUGACCAUGAAAGAUAACUUUUAGAAGAUUAGAAUUAAAGCGACCUACCAGCAGAAAGCCUCUAGGAGGCACAUUUGUAAAUUUGGCCUUUGUUUUCUCGACACCUUAAAACCCACCAAAUAUCAUGACGAUUCAUUCGCAGGUUACUGAGGUACAAAUGUACACAUAAACACAUACCCAGCAAGCAGACCACAGACUACACCAAAAAUGUAUCCUUCUGACGAGGGUUAUAAUCUGUAUUUUGUAUUUCAGCAAUAUAUACAUGUUGCACACAUUUACAGUGUAACUUUGACUUAACAUUGCGAUGGACAUUCUAAAAAUUAACUUCUUGUACUACAUUGAAUAGUACGUUCUCCGGCGGUGCAUACAAACGCACAUAACGUAUACCAUCGUAUACGUAUUACAAAUUUUUAUCUAAAUUUAUAUAACGUUAGACAGUUGCAGUAUUGAGUAUGUUGAGCGUUGUAAUCAUUACAAAGAAUAAAUAGCAUACCUGGUACUACUCACUUAGUAAGCAGGCACAUGGAUCCUACCUUGUUCAGUCGCAUUUUGUCUCUCUUUUCCUUCACUUUGCUAUCAAAGAUGAGCGUUGCUAUAAAUAUAAUAUGUCGUUUAUCUGUUAACGGUCAACACUUAUUCAACAAUAAUCACAGUCGAUCAGAAACGUUUUCAACUGGUGUCAGGUUAAGUACAUGAGAAUCCAUUAUACGAUAGUUUUCAAUUAUUUCAACACAACGUAUAUCCGCUGUGGUUGACUAACCGGAUCUAUGUCAUGAUAAGUAAGUCCCUGGUUGACAAUCUGUAUAACGUGCCGUAUAGCCAAUGUACAUUAGCGUUACAUUUAAUUUGUCGCAUCUCUUGUAUAACAUGACAUACAUUACGUUUUUAAGUACAUUUGUAUCACGAAGACACAACGGUUCCCUAACAGAACGCAAUGCAGUGCAACUAACGGCGGAUUGCAAAUCUGUUGAACAGAUACAUAAAGAUGCUUCACAGACUUGAAGUUUAUACAUGUAACGUUAUUUGUUCUAUUUUGUAAAAGACUCUUCAUAAUAAAGAAUAAUAUAGAAUUUUACAUGUUCAACGAUACUGAAAAAUGAUGGAGAUAAAUUUUGGACUUGCCCAACAAGCUUCC